UGGGAGUGGUGUGACGUUUUUCAUAAGUAAUUAAUUUGGUGAAGAGGCAGUGACCAGUGUUACGACUUCAAGGGCUGCAAGCGGGGUUAAGAUCACCAAGACCCUACCAAGCGCCUCACCAUGGCCCAAAUUCUUCCUAUCAAAUUCCAGGAACAUUUGCAGCUUACCAAUGUGGGUAUCAAUGCUUCCAACAUUGGGUUCAACAUGUUGACCAUGGAGUCAGACAAGUUCAUCUGUGUGAGGGAGAAGGUGGGAGAGACUGCCCAGGUGGUCAUCAUUGACAUGGCAGACACCAGCAACCCCAUCCGGCGACCAAUUUCGGCGGACUCGGCCAUCAUGAACCCAGGCAGCAAAGUUAUUGCCCUCAAAGCUGCCAAGACAUUACAAAUCUUCAAUAUAGAGAUGAAGAGCAAGGUGAAGGCCCACACAAUGUCAGAGGAGGUUGUAUUCUGGAAGUGGAUCAACAUAAACACAGUGGCAAUCAUCACAGAAACAUCUGUCUUCCACUGGAGCAUGGAAGGUGACUCACAGCCGCUGAAAAUGUUUGAUCGCCACUCCACGCUGACGGGCUGUCAGAUCAUCAACUACCGGACCGACCACAAGCUCAACUGGCUGCUGGUUGGCAUCUCGGCCCAG